AUGACAAGCUCCAACGUCAAGACAGUUGCUUUCUUUGGCGCCAGUGGUGGUGUCGGUCUCGCAGCGCUCCAACACACACUCAACGCUGGCCACAAAUGCAUCGCACUCUGCCGAACUCCCUCGAAACUGACAGCCGUAAUUCCCGAAUCAACACCAAAUCUCAAGAUCAUCCAAGGCGAUGCACAAGAUGCUACUGCAGUCUCUAAGUGCCUCCUAGCCGACGACGGCAACUUUGUUGAUAUCAUCAACAGCACUAUAGGCAGCAGACCAAAGCUCAGUUUCUCGGUUCUUGAAGAUCCACACAUUUGCGAGAAAGCUUCCAAGACCUUGAUCGAAUCUAUCUCCCGACUGCGCAGUGCCGGUGUCACUGGUCACCCGCAUAUUGUCACUUUCAGCACUACUGGAUUAUCGAAGUUCGGUCGCGACUACCCACUCUCCUUGUACGUUGUUUAUGCGUGGCUACUCAAAGUUCCUCAUGAUGAUAAGACGAUAAUGGAAGACACAUUUGUGAAUAGUGGAGAACCUUUCACUAUUGUUCGUGGUUCUUUGCUCUAUGAUGGCGGUGCUACUACCAAAAAGGUCCGAGUUGGCAUCGAGGAUGUUAAGACUGGAAGAGAGUCUGAGGAAAUUGGCUAUAUUAUUUCACGAGAGGAUGCGGGGAGAUGGGUUGCUGAGAAUCUUAUUCUGCGACAGGAAAAGGUUUACCUGAACAAGAUUGCGAUGAUCACGACGUGA